UCUCUCUCACACUCACAUACUCUGAUACUCAUGAAUCACGACUCACGCACGCCAGCCCUCACCCUCUCGCACUCUCACCACUAGGUCUGGCCGUCAUCACCGACCACCACCACUGGACCAGUCCAGUUCACCUUUCUCUUCUCAAGUUUAAUUUUCCCAGGGAAUAAAAAAGACUGCAACUUCCGAAGAUGGCUGCAAGUUUUGCUUCCAGAUGUUCUCGUGUGGGCCGUUCUCUGUUCAGCGGAUUAAGCAACAGUUCCCUUGGUUCAGCACAUGAGAUGACACACAACAAUUAUUUUUCUCAGCAGCAACGCACCUUCAUACAAAUGAGGACUGUUCUCAAGGUUGUGGACAAUUCUGGGGCUAAAAAGGUGAUGUGCAUACAGGCAUUGAAAGGGAAGAAAGGGGCAAGAUUAGGUGACACUAUAGUAGCAUCAGUGAAGGAAGCACAUCCUAAUGGAAAAGUGAAGAAAGGAAAGGUGGUAUAUGGGGUUGUUGUGCGCGCAGCAAUGCAGAAGGGGAGAUGUGAUGGCAGCGAGGUCAGGUUUGAUGACAAUGCUGUUGUUCUUGUUGACAAGCAAGGCCAGCCUAUUGGGACCAGAGUUUUUGGACCAGUACCUCAUGAGCUUAGGCGGAAGAAGCAUGUCAAGAUUCUUACCUUGGCAGGGCAUAUUGCAUAAAUGAAGAAUGGUUUAUCCGGCAAUUUUUUAUGAAAUCCAAUGUCACAUGCACCCUUUUUAUAAUUUGGCUAAGUGCAAUGUUGGUAUUUUUAACUAUCAACUUAUGAGUAGAGAAACAAGAGUUAUGGAAUACUUUUACUCGAAUAACGAGCCUUUGUUUUGGUUUCUAGCCUUAAUUUGAAUUAGAGAUGCAAUAUUUAAUUAUGAUUAUUUUUCUUUUGCUUGGAUGA